AUGCCUGGUGCAAUUCGAACCGUCUGCAAGGUCGACCUGGAGAAGCCUGCCAACGAGCAGCCUCAGCUUCAUAACAGAUGGCAUCCAGACAUCCCCUUCGCCGGCAAGAUCAAGGAUGGAGAAACUGUGAAGAUUGAAUGUGUGGAUUGGACCGGCGGCCAGAUCAAGAACAAUGACUCCGCAGACGACAUGAGGAACGUGGAUCUCACCAAGAUCCACUACCUCUCGGGCCCCUUUGAAAUCGAGGGCGCGAAGCCAGGUGAUGUCCUGCUCGUCGAGAUAAUGGACGUCCAGCCCUUUCAGGACCAGCCAUGGGGAUUCACGGGCGUCUUUGACAAGUCAAAUGGCGGCGGGUUCCUGGAUGAGAUCUACCCAUCCGCCGCAAAAGCGAUCUGGGACUUUGAGGGCAUCUACUGCACGUCCAGACACAUCCCGCACGUCAAGUUCGCGGGUCUCAUCCACCCGGGCAUCCUCGGCUGUGCCCCGUCGCCCGAGGUCCUGGCCACGUGGAACGAGCGCGAGGGGCAGCUCAUCGCCUCCUCCAAGCUCGAGGGCCGCGACGUCGCGCUCCCGCCGCUGCCGCACAACUGCCACCCGGGCGGCGUCAGCACGACUGAGGUCGACCUUGCCGAGAAGAUUGGCCGCGAGGGCGCGCGCACCGUGCCUGGGCGGCCGGAGCACGGAGGGAACUGUGAUAUUAAGAACCUGUCGCGCGGCAGCAAGGUGUACCUCCCCGUGCAUGUUGACGGCGCCAAGUUCAGCGUCGGCGACCUGCACUUCAGCCAGGGCGACGGCGAGAUCAGCUUCUGCGGGGCCAUCGAGAUGGCCGGGGUCAUCACCAUCAACUUCAAGGUCCUCAAGAAUGGGCUGGCCGAGCUGGGCAUGAAGAGCCCCAUCUACAUCCCCGGCCCCGUCGAGCCGCAGUUCGGUCCCGGGCGGUACAUCUACUUUGAGGGCUUCAGUGUCGACCAGCAUGGGAAGCAGCAUUACCUUGAUGUUGCUGUUGCGUAUCGGCAAACUACGCUUCGCGUCAUCGAGUACCUCCGCCGCUUCGGCUACAGCGACUACCAGAUCUACCUCCUGCUGUCGUGCGCCCCCGUACAGGGCCACGUCGCGGGCAUCGUGGACAUACCCAACGCGUGCACCACCAUCGGCCUGCCCAUCGACAUCUUCGACUUUGACAUCUCGCCCAGCGGGCCGGCCAAGAAGCUGGAUAUGGGCACGUGCGCAUUCGAGACGGGCGUUACGGAGGGCAAGGUCACGGCAGGAGGGGAGAACAGCGAGCACAGCUAUGGCGGCGGUCUGACCUACAAGUCGUGA